CAUAUCCCCAGCAUGCUCAAUAUCAACGGCAUUUAUGAUCAAAACACAAAUCUACACAGCCAACACGUUAUCAGAUUAUUAUAGUGACGAUAGUCGAACUCAAAUCCCCAGAGUAUGGUAAGACCGAGAACAGGGGUACAAAGGUACGUACCAAGCCGAGGGUUGCUUCAAUAGCCGCGGCCUUUAUUUCCAGCGAAGGGGUUAGUUCGGACCUGUCAGUCACGCCCCCAUUCCUACCUCUGUGGUCCAUCUUACUACAAGAUAGACAUCAUUUUUCUAUAUCCUGUGUAUUCUGCGUAUUCUGUGUAUUCUUUUAUCAUUUAACGCUUCUUGUAAUUCGAAAUACCCCCGGCUACCAAUGGCUAAAUCCGAUACCUCGCCUGCAGGCGCCAAUGUCGCGGCAGAUGAAGAGCACCGCCUCCUCGUGCAGGAAUUCUUAAAGUCCGCCUCGUCAACAGAGUUGGGGAAUGUCUGGGGAGAGUCAAUCUGCAUCACGGACUUGAAAGUCAUCUCCGCCACGGCCAAGCCAACCGGAAGGGUGGUAUUUGAAUAUACCUGCCAGGCCAGCCACGCCAACCGUCUGGGAAACCUACACGGCGGAUGCGCCGCCACCCUCUUCGACAUCGCCACCACGACAGCGCUGGUCCCCAUCUCCAAGCCCGACUUCUGGAAAUUCCUCGGCGUGAGCAGGACGCUGAAUGUGACCUACCUGAGGCCCGUGCCGGUGGGCGAGACGGUGAUUAUUGAAUGCGAUGUUCUUGCCAUUGGGAAACGAUUGUCUACGAUAACAGGCACUAUGAAGCGCAAGUCUGACGGCGCUCUUACUUGCAUAUGUGAGCAUGGAAAGGUAAACAUUGACGCGAAGAUGUGAUCUGCCUUAUAUGGUGUCGAAGGUUUCAUAGGGACUACUGUAUAUAGACGCGCCGCACCUCAUAGAAUUUAGCGAGGAUAAAUGGGGUAGU